UGAUAAUUUUCUCAAAGAAAUUGCCAUUCCUUUUAGCAGAUGAAAACAAAGACCAAGAAAUGCAGAUUGGACUUCCUACGGAUGUAAAGCAUGUGGCUCAUAUAGGAUGGGAUGGCCCUUCAACUGCUACUUCACCAAGCUGGAUGAAUGAGUUUCAAGCUCCACCCGGAUUUGAACAAUCACCACCUUUAGCCAAUGGAGAGACGAAAGAAGAUUCUAGGGUCAAAUGGGUCUCCGAAGAUUCGAGCCGGAAAGGUUCAAGGGGUGCAAGGUCACCAGGGCAUGACGUGCCGGAUUUACCCAAGUCGUCAAGGCGGCAUUCAUCAAACGGGCACGGAGGUGGUGGACCGGAUUCUCCCAGGAGGGGAAAAUCAGAUAAACCGAAGCAAACAAGGCGGUCUUCUAAGAAUAGGGACACAUCGGAUAGUAGUAUUAGAGGCAUCCGGCAAUCCACGGAUCCAAGUCAAGGCAGCGAAUCGCCGCAAAACCUACCGGACAUCCCUAAGAAAACGCAGCGGAAGAAGUCGAAGGACUCAUCCGUUGGGGGGACAUCAGGGUCAAGAAGAUCUAAACACCAUGCUAGUUCAGAGGCAUGUACUUCUCCUGGACACCAAUCCGCAACCAUUUCUCAGAAUUCUUUUUAAGUGUGGGAAAACAAGGGAUUUACAUGAAUUUCUUCACAGUGUUGAUUAUUGUUGUAGCUAGAAUCUUUAAUCUGGCUAGCUAUAUAAAAUGUAUCACGGAAGUGAAGCCAAAGAAUUGUAAUUUUCAGCCAAAUAAUAUUUUACUUCA